UUAGCGCAAGAAGCCACCAGACCAUCUGUAAACAUACCAGUUGGAAAGAGACGAGAGAGGGAUGUUUUACUCACGUUGUCAUGGUGAUAACCGUUCUCUAUCUCUUCAGGAAGGUGACUGGCUGGCUGGAAUACCACCCCUCUCCUUCUCCGUCUGAGGACAUCCCAUUCCAUCAGGACGAUAGUUCGCUGCCACUUCACCCCAGCAUGGAGCCCACCAAAGUCCAAUCAGAGGGCGGCCUCAAUGUCACCCUCACCAUCCGCCUCCUCAUGCAUGGAAAAGAAGUUGGAAGCAUAAUUGGAAAGAAAGGGGAAACAGUAAAAAAGAUGCGAGAAGAGAGCGGAGCAAGAAUCAAUAUUUCCGAGGGCAACUGUCCUGAGAGGAUUGUCACCAUCACUGGACCAACAGACACCAUCUUCAAGGCUUUUGCUAUGAUCGCCUACAAAUUCGAGGAGGACAUAAUCAAUUCCAUGAGCAACAGCCCAGCCACCAGCAAGCCCCCAGUCACCCUGAGGCUUGUAGUUCCUGCCAGCCAGUGUGGCUCCCUCAUCGGUAAAGGAGGCUCCAAAAUAAAGGAGAUGAGAGAGUCCACAGGGGCCCAGGUCCAGGUGGCAGGAGACAUGCUGCCCAACUCCACAGAGCGUGCAGUGACAAUCUCUGGGACCCCAGAAGCCAUCAUCCAGUGUGUCAAACAAAUCUGUGUGGUCAUGCUGGAGUCUCCACCAAAAGGUGCCACCAUCCCUUAUCGCCCAAAGCCCGCCUCCACCCCGGUCAUUUUUUCCGGUGGCCAGGCCUACACAAUUCAGGGACAGUACGCCAUACCACACCCAGAUCAGUUGACCAAGCUCCACCAGUUGGCUAUGCAGCAAACCCCCUUUACCCCUCUCGGACAGACCACCCCUGCUUUCCCUGGUUUGGAUGCCAGUCCACCAGCCAGCACCCAUGAACUCACCAUUCCUAAUGAUCUAAUAGGCUGCAUUAUUGGCCGCCAGGGAACCAAAAUAAAUGAGAUUCGACAGAUGUCUGGGGCGCAGAUCAAAAUUGCAAACGCUAUGGAGGGCUCAUCAGAGCGCCAGAUCACCAUCACAGGGACCCCCGCUAACAUCAGCUUGGCACAAUAUCUCAUCAACGCCAGGCUGACGUCUGAAGUCACAGGAAUGGGCACUCUCUAGUUUCUACCCAUCUCUCCUCAGUGCAUCACAUGACCCUUGAGCAAAUGGCAUUGCACCUAGUUGAUUCUUUUCUCUGUGUUUGACUGUCCUGAUAUUUGAGUGAGUUUAACUAUUUAUAAUUUCUAGUAUCUACUGUAAACGUAUCGGCACAGUUAACUAGGAUUUCACACAUUUAUCCUCAGACUCUGUUGUUUCUUUGUUUCUGAAAGUCACUUUACUUUUUUGACACUCUAGUACCUUUCAUUACACCUCACACUGCACCACCUUGUUUUACCUCAUGUUUUUUCAUAUUGAUUUUCUUGUUUUAAACUGAAGGCGCCUGAAAGUAAAUGCAAAGCAAAUCUAGAGAGUAGUAUAGACAUUUAAACUGAGGCAGUUAUAUAAGUGACACUUUUCUAAGUAUAUUAAUGUAAAGGAAUCCCUUAACUUAAAUGUUUUUACACAUUUUCUUCGAUUGAUGGCAUCAAGGGGUUUGUAAAAACUUAAGCUGGCUGCACACUAAAUAAUUCAAAGCCUGAUUUUAGACCUGGUUAGACAUCCCCAACAAUCGAAAGGGGUGUGACUCGAUAUAAAGCUUAUCAUAACCAAUUAUUUGUCCAAAUAAUCCCCAAGUUUGUGGUGUCAAAAUGAUUAUUUUACUGCUCCUGAUUGAUGUUGAACCUUCCAAAUCAUCAUGAAUACCUAACAUGCUUGAUAUUUGUGAUGUCAAGUUGGAUUUCAUCUGACAAAAGACCCACAGGAGCCAAUCAGACCAGCUGCAAACAAACACUAUUAAAGACCUUUUGCAUCUAAUGUCACACAGUCUGUUUCCUCUGGCUACAGUCUGUCUGAAGGGGCAAAAUUUGCAUUUCUCACUGGCAGCUACUUCCUCUCAGUGAUCUGUGUAGUGCACAUUUUGUACAAGGAAAGUUAAGAAAGUUUCAGAUGUCAGUAUUAGACACACUAGAUUGAUUUCCAUAGCAGCACCUCUUUUGUGACAGAAGCACUACAUGGGCUAAUGCUAAGGCUUGAAAACGUCUGUAGCCUAUGAGGGUUUAAAAUGUGACGCCGUUUACAGGUGACUUUCAGCCAAAUGAGAUGCUCAAAAGGAAGACUAUAUUCUUGAAUGCCUUGUCUUUUAGCCUGCAAAGCAUAUUGUGACAUCCUGAAGAAAAACUAAACAAAGAGGCAUUCAUGAGGACAGCUAGGAAGGCAUCAAGGCCUUUUGAUUCUUUUUCAGUCCACUUUUCAAGUUUCACUGUUUGUGCGCCCUUGAGGUGAAUUACUUCAUUUGACAAAUUCACUGAUAUAUGUGUUAUUUCAGCUAAUCCUACACACUUACUGUCUCUUACAUUUAUUGCCCACAAAUAAAUGCUGGAAUAUAAUAGUCAACCAAAAUGCAUAGCCCAGUGUCAAUACAGUCCCCUUAGCUGUCCUCUGUAAUACAUGACAUCAGAAUAGUAACACGUCUGCAAAGGGUCCAUGCCAUCUUCUCAGCCAGGAUUUUAAAGAUCCAUAUUUGUUGUUAGGCGUGUUUCUGUGAGAUCUUGUCUUUUUUGACACUCCACUGUGAAGUUUUUAUAACAAAUGGCAGCUGUGUGGUCUGUUUCAAUCAUCUACUGCGAUGGUUCCUUCAAAGGAACUCUGCAAGAUCAGACAAAGUCACUUCAUUGAAUAGAUAUUUGCAUCCCUCAUAUGUGUAAUGAACAAAAAACUUAACUACAUAUCUGCAUUUGAGAAAAAAAAUAAUUAAAACAUGGCAGUCUCCUGGUGAGUUUAUAAAUUGAAAUCUUCUGGAAAUGCAGAUAUCUAGUGUGUUUUUGUUUUAUAAACAUAAGAGAUGAACUUGUAUUAUCAGGUAGGGUUCCUUUUAAAUGGCACUGCCUUUAAGAAUUUCUACUGCAACACAAGAUACUGUAGCGCAUGUUAUGGCUGUUCCAGACUGGGUGUAGGGUGUCUGUGUCUCAGCAGCAUCAUCUUCCCAGCAUCAGGGAAGAACAGCAGAAAAUCUAAAGCAGUGGUUUUCAAACUUUGUUGCCCUAGGCAUACCUGAGAUUUAGCCAAAAUCUUAAGGCUAGCCAUGUUUACAUUAGAUGCAUGCAAAAUAGCCUCUUUUAUAAUUGUUUUGUAUCUUUAGUUGUAUAGUUGUAUAAUAUACAGUUGUGCAAAUACCCAUGGCACACCUAGACCUGUCACAAGGCACACCAGUCAAACAAUUUGAGAACAAUUCCACAAGCCACACACGUCUAUAGGCUAAAAUAGACUGGUAAAUGCCAAAUAGAGGGCCAUUUUCCCUCAUUUUGGCACCGUGAUUCUCAAAUUGUCAAGCUAUAAGGCAACCACCACUUUCAAGACGUGACAUUGUGACUCAAAUUUCUCACUGAAUUUCUUUCAAGGAAAAACUUGGUCUUUGAUGGAGCAAACAUGACUGAACAAAGAGACAGGACAAAACUAAUGGGGAGGACAUGCAUGCAAACAUGUUAUUUUACUAUGUCACCAUGCCACGAUAACAUAGAUUUUGGUGGGGGUUUUUUUUUCAAGAUCUUAAGAAAUAAUGGCAUGAUCAUGAGAAAACCAGCUUUCUUCAAGAGGAGAUGGCAGGAUAAAUUGGUUGAAAUCUCAAGAAAACAAUCAGAAUUUACUCCUUGUGCAGCAUAAGAGAGCAAAAUAGAAUAUAUGGAAACGGGUCUGGCAUGAACUUCCACACAUGCUAGAUAUUUUGCCACUGUUUUUUAAUUUGAAACAGAGUGAAAAUAGCUCAAAAACCCAAAUUCAACUGUUGCUGGAGCUUACUGUGUCCACAUCGGUAGAACAUGUCACAGAGAAGAUAAACACAAGACCAUUACACUUCUGAUUUGCGCUUUUCAAAAUAAAAGCCUGGUUAAGGAGAAAAUCUUGUUCUUUGUACAGAAUGCUGUUAUUUUGUAUUUUCCCUGCUCAGUUGGUGAUGAAUCAAGUAACUUUUAGCAAGAUUUAUAGUGGUAAAACUUACUAAGUAAGACGGGGCUGUGAUAACAGGGAGACACAGCCAACACACAUCUGGUAUGAAAGCUGCAGGCCGGAGUGAUCAUGCAUGGCAGCUGUGUGCAGCAAACACGAGCCUGUUCUGAAAUGGAGUUAAAGAGGCUAUUUUGCAUGGAUAUGAAUGUGAUGCACCUUCAGAUUUUGGGUUGAUCUGGGCAAAAAAAAGAUGAAAACCACUAGUCUACUGAGUGCAUCCAGUGAUUUAAUUUGUUAAGUGUGCAGCCAGCUCAAGACUACUUUAGAAUCUUUACUGGUGCUUUUGUAUCACAAAAUCCCUACAUGAAUCUCCCUAUCAGGGGUUUUAUUCCUGUGUAUUCACCACUGAUAUUAUACUGAAUUAAAUCAGUGCUUUUCUCUGUGCCUGCAGAUGUUUGCCUGUUAGUCGUAGUGUUGUAUGAACACAAUACAAAGGUCUGCAUGACACAAAAAAAACUGCAUUUCCAAUUUACCUCCAUGUUAAACAGGUUGGAACAGAGACUGGAUGGUGAAUGCGCAUAUAACACACCAUAAACAGUCAAUUUAUGAGUCGUCACUCUGACUCCAAUCUAAAUGACGCCAAUAAACACACACUGUAACACGCACAUAUCAGUCUUUUACGGGUUUGAUAUGAGAGCUGACAAAAAGGGAGAGAGGAAAAAUGUCACAGCUAGGAGUGAAAUCGUAAAUGCAUGUUAUAAAUAAACCCCACUUUAUUCACCUAUACUCCACCAAGAUGUAAUCAUGUUAUUCAUGCUGCCACCUCGUAGCAAAUAGGCCACACAGAGCGGUCUGUGAAUCGACUCAUGUAUAUGUGCCAUCACAUGUAGCUUAUUUAAGUUCUUCCAUGUAUGUCAAAGGGGUUGAAAGGCUCCUGGGAAGCAAGACUCUCAUUAGUCAAAUAAUGGAUGUUUUUCUUCUGCUUCCCACACAGACGCCUGACGUAGUUCAGUUGCCUUUUUAAGAAAUGUGGCGCCUUUCUAGUUGAGUAGCACGACACAUUGGAGAGGUAUGUUUUGACAUAUAUAUCCACAGUCUGAACCAGUUAUGGGUUAUGCAGGUAAUGUCAAGCUACUAAUAAGCCUUACAUAAUAUUCAUGUAUGACCCUUCUGCAGUUGCUAUGUUAUAGAAUAUCUCCUUGGUUACACCAGGCAUCUCUUUAAGCUAUUGAUCUGUCCUAGUUUAACACGCGCAGAUACCCAACAGGUGUUUGUGAACUAAAGCUGAAUGUAUCAUUAAAUAUGCUUCAAAUGCUAACAUUUAUACAUCAUACUCUAUGAAACACACAUUUAUGGGUGUCUUUUGUAUCAGAAACUUCAGUGAGCUCAGAGGGUUUUGGGGUAGAAUGAUUUAUUUAGGAGAGGAAAUGAGUAUUUAUCAAAUCACAUUGUUACAGAUUACCUUUUCACAUGGUAAUCUAUAGUUUAUUUAACCAUUAACACACUAUGGAUUGUUUUCUCUUAAACUGAAUUGAAAAUGAACCAAAACCGAGUAGGAGUGACCCAAAAUAGUGAGAAAUUCAAUGAUUCAUUCAUCAUUUACUACCAGUCUCAUAGUUGAAUGCCUGCUUGCUCAACAAAGAUCAUUCCACUCUAUCUAUACAGGGUGCUUAUUUUUUAAUUAUUAUUUUAAUAUCUGCCUGUUUUCUCAAAAUCAGUCAUGCCUUAUAGCCUUUCUUGUGAUAAAUGAGGUCUUAAUACUUUUUAAUGCAACACUAAAACACUUUAUGCCACAUAAGAGAUAAACCACACAAUUAAGCUAAAUAAUUUAACUCAUUAUGUCUCCUCACACAUAUUUGUUUGCUUUUAUAAGUAGUUUGGUGCAUUUAAUCUUAUACAAUCCAACUUUUUGCUGUGCUUUUUCUUCUGCUUUGCAUUGCCACUGCUCUGCACAUUGCAGGGAGAAAAGUUUGAUUCAUGUGAAUAUAAAGGAAGCUCUGAACUUAUCUUAAUUUUUCAUGCCAUUUAAAUUUAAAGCAUCAAAUCAUUAAUGAAAGAAGAUCCAAGGCAUGUGUUAGCCUGUUUGCUAUCUAAACAAAACUCAGGUUAGCACUGGAGCUGUGCAUGUCUACCACCUUAUUUUGUGUUGUCACUCUGAUUGGCUCAUCAUGAAUAUGACAGACAGAACAUUCGUCCAAUCACCCUCUGAGAACUUUUGUAAAUGUCCUGCCCUUCCCAAACACUUAGUAUGGGAGAUUUCCCAGAUAGACGUUAAAUAUAUCAUGCAAUGGAUGCAUGAAACAGUCUAUUUGGUGGUCAGGGAAUAUUUCGAGGUCAUUUAAAAUAAAUUAAACUUCAUACUAUAAAAUACUUCAAUAUAUGUUGAUAUUAACUGACAAAAUACAGCCAGAAAGUUUAAAUUAAAGGCUACCUAUUUGAUGUAGAGAAACAGUGUCAUGUUUAAACUGGUGUUAGAUUAACUGGUGACACUUCAACUUACUGCUUGCUUCCCAAUCAUAACAGUUCAUCAGUACUUUUGGAGUAUUAAAUGUUUGUAAGGAUAAGGCUUAGCAGAGUCGCAAAAGUAUCUUUAAAAACACAAAUUUUAGAAAAGAAAAUACAGAUAACUUUUCAGAUGCCAGAUAAAAAAGGAUGAAAUAAACAGUGGUUGCUCAAAUUCUGCAAAUACUUUCCAAGUACCAUUAAUGUCUCUGAAAACGAAGUGCUGGCAAUGUAAAAUUCUUAUGAAAUAAAAAUCUGUAGGUUUCAUGUUUUGGUUGUAUGAGGGUUUGUUUAAUUUUUUCAGGCUGGAUUCAAGCUAUGAGUCCUCUGAGUAAAUGCACGUGUAGCAUGGCUAGAAUUUCACAACUAGGUGAGAGAAGGGAUGGAUCAAAUCCUUUAAACCAGGGGUUCUCUGACUUUUCAGCCUGUGACCCCCAAAAUAAAGGGGCCAGAGACCAGGGACCCCCCCGGUACCUGGGGAUGGUUGAAGCAUAGUUGAACACAGUUGUGCAAACUGAAGAAUAGUCAUGUGCAGACUGACAUUUUAAGGAUGUUUUACACAUGAUUGUUAUUUCAGCAUAGAUCUCAUGAAAUGAUCAGGUUUUUAUUUGAUAUUUAACAAGUUUUUAACACGACCCCCACAAUGAGAACCAUUGCUGUGAACUGUUGUCCCAGGUCUCAAAAACACAUAAUCACAUGGUUUAUUUCUUAUGUUGCAUUAAGAGUGUGUAUCAAUAUGCACAAAAAGAAAGACAUUUGACCAACAGUUGACUUUAGGCAAAAUCUGACCAAUCAGAUUUGACUAUAUAAGCUCUACCCCGAAAACCAAGGUUUACUCAUUAUUGCAUGAUGACCCCAAUGGUAUCUCCUAUUCUUUUCCCCCCAAAAUUUGGCUACAGAGUGAGACAAUGCCAUCUAUAACUUCAUCAUUUACAGUCAUGACACUCUAUCAGGUAUUACGUAUGUUGAUAUGGUCACUCAGUUUAAAUUAUUCUAUUUAUAAACUUUGAUGCAACCACAGAAUCUACUUCCAAGCCUGGAUAUGCAUUACUUUGAGUGUUAACUACAGCAAUGGAUCGUUGGUGGCAUUUAUUCUACAAGAAAAGUGAUACACUGUUGGUCGGGCACAAACAUUUCACAUUUACCCACUGCUACACAUUUACAUUCUGAAUGUAAAUCAGCACGUUAGAGCUGGUGUGAUGUGUUUCCAAUAUGAACAAACUAAGGUCAUGUUUACACGGGGAUGAUCCACUGGAUUUGUGGAUUUGUGGAUUUCUUUUUCAGCUUGAUGAUGUUUUCAAACCAACCUGCACAUAGAUUGGCAAAAAUUGACCAAAAGUCCUGCAAUACUCAUGCCAGGUCUGUAGUUAGUAGUGACUUAGUGAACAUGUGCAUGUGCACAUAGUCUUCCUUUUUCAAAGCGGUUACACAUGGUUAACACAUGGAUAUUUGUGUGGAUGGAUGACGAGAUGCCACUCCAAGUGACUCUUAAGUACAUAGUUAGGCUCAGUCCCAGUUCUAACCUUUACCCCCCCUGCAAUGAUGUCAUGCAUGGCUUCUGUCUUGAACCAUAAUGUCCAUAUGUGGAGGUCUCCAUCAUUACUACAAUGAUACAGUGGCGUUUUUAGAAGUUUUCACUCCAGAUCCUGUUUUCCGGUUGCAAGAAUUCAGUUUUCAUGUGAAUGAACAGCCAAAAAUUAACAGAAGGUUGAUGUUUUUGGAUUAAAUUGUCCUGUAAACAUGGCCUAAAAGAAAUGCUGAUUAAAGCCUAACAGCAUUUUUGUUUUAUUCUUUAUUACAUCCGUCAUUUACAGAUUUUUAUCACAAAUGUAGCUGAUACUGUCAGUCAGGUUCCCAGCUACCCGGUUUCAUAUGGAGGCCAACUUUGGAGGCCACUUUGCAAACAUCUCAGCUGCCUUUUGAGCGUUAUUAUUCCGGUUUACAUAAUCAUGACAGUGCUCAUGUAUUCAUCCCUCACAGUUCUGUUCAAACACCUCUCAGUCUGUUUCUUUGUCAUUGAACACUUUCUGUUCUGUUAUUGUGCUAGAGCAGCAAAAAAAUAAAGUUUAGCACUAUAUGAGGCUGUUUGAAGAGAUAUGUCUGGUUCUUUUUAAGUUACA